UCGUCUGGAGCGUGUGUUCUGUGAGUGGUGAACCUGUAGAGAUAAAAUAUGGCUAAAAGCUUACGGAGUAAGUGGAAAAGGAAGAUGCGUGCUGAAAAGAGAAAAAAGAAUGCCCCAAAGGAGCUUAGCAGACUUAAAAGUAUUCUUAAAGUAGAUACUGAUGUUUUAAUGAAAGAUGUUCAUGAAGUAGCAACUGUGGUGGCCCCCAAACAUUCUGAAGUGAAAACCCAGUGUGUGGUGAAAGAUGACAAAGAUGACAUGAAAAUGGAGACUGACAUUAAGAGAAACAAAAAGACUCUUCUAGACCAGCAUGGACAGUACCCCAUAUGGAUGAACCAGAGGCAAAGAAAAAGGCUGAAGGCAAAGCGAGAAAAAGGAAAGGGGAAAAGCAAAGCAAAAGCAGUGAAGGCGGCUAAGGGUUUGGCCUGGUAGACUUUUAAAAACUUGAAAAGUGCCACAUGGGGCAGAUCUUUGAUUAGAAUGUAUACACCUAUUUCAGCUUCUAUCAAAGGAAAACCAUUUUUUAACUGGGCCUUUUUCUUCAAUUCAAACCCAACAUAACAUCUCAAAUUUGUUUUAGAAAUUUGAAUAAAAUAUUUCCUUUGGAA